GCGACCGUGGUGGUCACCCUUCUCGGCGGACUGUUCCCUCGGGACAGGCUCCACCUGUUUAUCGUUCCGUCGUGUAAACCAGCAAAAGAAAAAAAAGCGCACCGUGUGAAACAAAACGUGGAAGAAAUGUUGGCGGCGCGGUUGAUCAAAAGGGAGAAUCGUGGGCCGAUCGAACGAUACACGAGAUAAUCGUGGUGAAAGAGGUGGAUGAGUGCCGGCAGCCUAACCAGUGAUUUCGGCGUGAUUACCAGCUUAAUUGAUCAGGUUCGGCGGACUGAUUGGAUUUGCGGUCGGGCCUGGAUUUGGUAUUAAGAAGGAUGGGUUGGACACUUACCGUUCUUGGGGUGGCUUUAGCUAUCGUCAUUGUGGCAGGCACUGCCCUUGCUCUGUGCAGAAGAUAUUGCAUUGGCUGGCAAUGGGGUACUAGAAACAUUUGGAAUGUCUGCGAGGAGUGGCGGCAAAGGUUAUCCUGGUUAUGGGCACCGCGAGAAGAAAAGGUCGGUUUAGUCAAAGCACAACAUCCAACAGCUCAAACAAUCCCCGGUUUAUAUCGACAACCUGGAAACGCGUCUCAACAUCUGCUUCACAGUGACAGCGACCUCAGGCUAGAUGCACAAGGAGCUUUCACCAGAUUCGAACCAGUAGACAGAGAUCUCCAUCCGCCUCUGGGCACAACAACCGGUAGCACAAUACCACCGCAGCCUUUGAGACCGGCACCUCAACCAAGGCCAACCGCUCGUCCAAGGCCGUCUCCACUUCAAACCUCGAGCACCGUAGACCAGCUGAGAAUGCAAGAGGCUGGUCCGGUUCCUCUAACUCCACCACCAUCGUUACAGAGGGCUCCAGUUCCCUCGAGAUCGUCCGGCUCGUCGGUCUUUCUUUUCCAGAACGAGCCCAUCAAGAAUUACGGUCUGCAUAAAACAUCAAACGAUCAUGGUUCGUUCAUAUUCGAUGGCGAGGCAACGAAGACCGUGGCGGAGAAUAUUCAAAUGGCGUCGUACGGGUCGCAGAAUCAUAUAGACUCGAGGCUGAGAUACGAGCUCGGUGAGGAACGAAGGAAAGAGAAUAGAUGCAAUCCUUACAGGCAAUUCGACGGUGGCAUCGAGUCGACCAGGAUCAGAUACGGUGUACACGGCGUACCUAUAGCUACCCUCGACGGUAAAGGGGACGAGGAUAGCAACACGAGUUACGGGAGCUACGACAUCGUUCAAAGGAGUCACAUGAUACGGCAACAUAUCAGGAAUGAUUCGAGGGGCUCGCCGAGCAGUUUCGGUAUGACGAAUUCUUCGAAUGCCGCAAGCCAGACUAUCAUGGAAUCGAUAUACGGAUCCGAGGAGCUGUCUAAGAUGCUUCAGAGCACUCAGAGUCUUGGGAACGACCUCGAUCAUAAGAGCAACGAGAUGCAAAGCAUCGAGAUGACGCCCUUUAGAAGUUCCAGCCUUCAGGACAACAUAGGCCCGUCCUACUUGUUCCGCGAGUCUCAAGGGUUGCAGAAAGUCUCCCAAUACAUUCAAAGUUUGCCCGAUCUUCCAAUAUACGAUUCGAUUAACGAGCUGGGACUCCACCAAGAUCAGGAUCGCGUGCUCUACGACGACACAAUUCAGGAAUCGAUCAACGCAUUGAAGGUCAACAGCGAGGCCGUAUCCAGCCCGAUACCACCACCGCCACCCGCGCCGCCCGAUCCACCGAAAGACGUGCCAAAAAAGAACGGGCAGACAACUGGCGAAAGAAUAUUUAACGCUCUUAGAUUGGUCACUUCGCAGAGUUAUAUCGACGCCUCGGAAUUUUACAACUCGGUCGUGUCUUCGGCACAACAAGUUCAACGUUUCACUUUCCCGUCGAGAUCCCCAUCGUCGUUGGUCGAGGAGGACACCGGUGGCCAUUUGCAGGAUGAAGUUCAAGAUAUUUAUGCGGAGAACGAUUCUGACGUGAUAGGUCCUGACGACUCUAGGCGUAGCUCCGAUCUUUACAGUCCCGAACUUAAUUUAGAAGCACAUAGAACUGCACAAGAGGUAUACAAUAGUUUACAAGAUCCACCAUCAUCCCCGUUGUUAGUUAAAGAUCACAAUCAAGAGAUUUACACGUAUAUGACUGAUCCUAGCUUUACGAGAACCUCUGAGGAUAUUUUAAAUAGCAUUGAGCAAAGGAGAAAAAGUAUGGAAAGAUUGAACGGUAUUCACGAACUUAACGAACUCGAUGACGCUGAUACAUUAAGAAAGCGAAACGACUUCUACGUUGCAGUAGAAGAAGUGCAAUUGAAGCGAAAAUUCUCUCAGAGUUUUAUCACAAACUAUACCAUGAACGAUUACAAUGAGGUUAACCCUGGAAGUCGUCGUGGACCUCAGGGACCGGAUCCAGAGCCACCGCCGGAUGAAUCGAACCUGAAAAGGGCAAUAAGCUGUGAGAGUGUGUGCUCUGAUACGAGUGUAGUAUUAAACGACCUCGAAGAAGCGCCUGUCGUCGGCCACGUGUGUGUCGGUGUCCAAUACGACAGAUGGAGUGGCCGAGGUGCUGAUAGCGAGGGUGAUCUUGCGGUCAGCGUUCUCGAGGCCAGAGAUCUCAUCGCCCCAGAUGGUCAACCUGCUCAAGAUACCUUUGCUAGGGUUUGUCUGUUACCAAACAGACAGUUACACGUGAAAACAAGACUGUACAGAGGAAGUCCAUCGCCUAGUUAUCAAGAAAAUUUUUUGUUCCCUUUAGACGAUGGCCCCUCGGGGAGAACUCUUCUUGUCGAAGUGUUUUCUGAUGAGACCAGUAUAGGUGGUGGAACAUCCCUUAUUGGAGAAGCUAGAUUACGUCUAGGGCCUGCGUCAAGGGCACCGGCAACUACCUGGUUACCACUCAUGGGAUCAGCUUUGCCCACGCCAAGACUUGGAGAAUUAAUGUUCUCUUUGAGCUACUUGCAAACAGCCGAAAGGCUCACGUUAGUGGUUGUAAAGGCUAGAAAUUUACGUGGCGCCAAUACCGUGCCUGGUGAUUUCUUCGUCAAGGUUUAUUUGCUACAACAAGGAAAAAAGAUUCACAAGAAAAAGACGUCCGUGAAGAAAGGAGAAGAGAGCCCGAUCUUCAACGAGGCAAUUAUUUUUAACGUGCCCAGUCAUAUUAUGCAGAACAUACAAAUAAGACUAACCGUAGCGGAAGUAAGCAAUGACCAGGGAGUAAAUUCGAAACCAUAUUCUGUCGGGCACAUUAUCGUAGGACCCACAUCAGCAGGAAGAGCAUUUGUUCAUUGGAGACAAAUGUUGGCUGCUCAGAGGCGCCCUGUUGCUAUGUGGCAUCCCCUCAGAAAAUGA